UCCAGACCGCUGGGGAGGGGCUGGAGAAAGUGUUUGCUCAGUGGUCUUAAUGCUUUCUGGGGCUUGACCUGGAGGUCUUGGGGUGGUCGGGUGCGAGGAAGGAUGCACCCCCGGAGUUGGCAGAGCCUGGAGGUCUGGGCAGGCCGGCCUGGAGAUGGCUGGCGGAGGCAGUGCCCAGGCUCCGUGCUCUGCUGUGGCCUGGGCUCUGCAGGUGGAGCGCAGGCUUCCGCCCGGGGCGGAGGUGGCCUUGGGGUGCACCCCCUCUCGUUGCCGGCUUCCUUGCACCGUGAGGUGGAGCCGCGGUGUAGGCCCGGUUCGGCGGGAACCCGUUUCGUUCUUCCUCUUUGCAGGUGCUCCUGGGGAGGAGACAGCCAUUCGCCAUGCCGGCCUCGCAGCUCCCGGCCCGGGCCUCCCGCACGCCGCCCCCGCGGCACGGCCCUGUGCUGCACCAGUGAGGCGGAAGAAGCGCGGCCUGGGCGGCGGCGGCGGCGGCGGCGAAGGCGAAGGCGCCGCCCCCUUGGCGAGCUCCGCGACCCGGCGGCCUCCGCAAGACCCAUGGCGGAUCCUACAGCCGGGCGGGCCCUGCGCGCAGGCGGCCCCCGCUCGGCCCGGCCCGCGGGCCCCUCGCCGCCGCCGUGCUCGCGCUCGCGCUCGGGUUCCGAGUCGGAGGAGGCCGAGCUGUCGCUGAGCCUGGCCCGCACCAAGACCCGCUCGUACGGCAGCACGGCCAGCGUGCGGGCGCCGCUGAGCGCCGGCGUCCUCGAGCGCCAUGUGGAGCACCGGGUGCGCGCCGGCGACACGCUGCAGGGCAUCGCGCUCAAGUACGGGGUCACGAUGGAGCAGAUUAAAAGGGCAAAUAAACUGUUUACCAAUGACUGUAUAUUUCUGAAGAAAACAUUGGACAUCCCCAUUAUAACAGAGAAGCCUUUGUUGUUUAAUGGACUCAACUCAGUUGAUUCUCCAGAAAAUGAAACUGUGGAGAGCAAUUUUUCUCAAGCAGAGCAUCUGGGAGUGGCCGAGGAAGAAGACAUCUCUCCUGUCAGCCCUCCAGAAUCCCAGGUUCAGCCUGUGCAGUCUGAGGAAGUAUCUGCCAGAGAUUUCCUGCAGAGACUAGACUUGCAGAUUCAACUGUCAACACAGGCAGCCAAGAAGCUCAAAGAAGAGAGCAGAGAUGAAGACAGUCCCUAUGCAGCUUCUCUCUAUCACAGUUAAAUGACGGGGGCAAAGGAUCUACCUGGACUAGGAGAUGACUGGAUGAUCACAAAGAACCUUACAGCUGAAGCCUCCCAUUUGGAUUUUCACAGCGUACAUUUUUAAGACAAGAAGUUCUGUCUGUUGCAAGUGCACUGAAGCAAUUCAUCUCCUCUGACAUUCUCUAAGUUUCAGUCCUUAUAAUGGCAUGAUAGAAAACUGUAUCCUAAAGCUCACCGCUUUUCUUGGUGAUGGUAGUUUCUGACUAGCAUUAGUAAAUACUAGUUGACACAAAGCAUCAAAGGCUACCUACAUAUUUAAGCUAAAAGCAGUGCUGAUCUCUUGAGAUAUAUUAAUUAUGUGAAGAACACGGUUGCUGUUUGAGUGAUGCUGACAUUGCUGUGUGUUUAUAUCUUAAGUGCUCUCUAUAUUUCGAUAUGUAUUACUUAUAUGAUGAACCAAAUUUUGUGUGCUAUUUUGUAAGAAAAAAAGUAAACUGGAAAAAAAAAACCUGGAUAAGAAAAUAAACUAUGUUUUCAUAUUUGG